AUGAGUAUAGCUCAAAUAACAGUAUAGCAGCAUACUUAUACUUAUCUUAGCUAUAUAUACACAACACCUACUAACAUACUAUAUAGCUGUUACCGAUAACUCAAGAACUAUGGAUUUCAAACUAUUUUUAGCUAUUAUAGUUUUAUGUGCAUUGAAAAUAUCAUGCCAAGUCAGCUUGGUACGUAACUUCGAUCCAAACGACUGCAUCAUCGAAGAAACAGUAGUUACUCUGACGUGCACAGUUGAGGACCGUAACAAUGGAAAUGGGGCAACAGUAAUAAAUGGUAGUCAAUCUAUAUUUGAUUGCCCAAGUGUCAGCAAAGUUGAAAACAACAUAAUUUACUUAAGGCAUGCACAUAUGGAAUCUGCCACAGCUAUGUGUGGGGAACUCAUUUCAGGCCGAAUAGUGGAAGUGCAAAAUGGAACAUACAUCACUCAAAUUUACAUUGCCACUAACGUUUCCAUGAAUGAGGGAUAUGUAGAAUGCCGUGAAUUUGGACAACAAGGCAGUUCACGAAUACAACUGGCCAACAUCGAAGCUCUUCCACGUCGUCCCACCUUAUAUGUGGAAUUUCUCGAUACUUUGUUUCGCAUUCACUGGAACCAGUACAACGAGGGUCUGACUAAGAGUUCAGACUCACACUUUUCUAUUAAGGUGACUGGAGAGGACUGUGGUAAUUGCACCAACCUUGAUAGGAUUGUGAGCAAUGUCACCAACCAGCUCUCGUGCACUGAGUGGGAGCCCAAUGGACAAGUUUGCAAUGUUACUGUCACAGCAGUCGCUUCUGUAUGUGGCUUACAACAAUUUAUAAGCUCUUCACGUCUAGUCUAUUUAAGAGUUCCAGAGGCUCCAAUCUUGGAGGACCUAAUGCCUGCUUAUUCACUAGACCUGGAGGAACUUCAAAGCAUGCAAAUAUUAUUGGCUAUUGAAUCCACUGUUGAUCUUAAUGGCCUUCCUAUUGCCUUUCAAGUGAGCGUGAACCGUUCUACUGACCGAUGGGAUAAUAAUCCAGAGUGUUCCCUCAAAAUUUUUGCCGGCAACAAAUGCAUUGCAAAUGCUAAUGCUCUAGUAAAGUAUCGUUGUGAGAUUAAUUUCCCUGUUAACAGUUGUCAAGAACUAUUUUUGCAACCAGAGCAAGACGCGGACUUUCAAAUAGGAAUUUUUUCAGAAAGUAGUAUUGGAAGAUCAUCUCUAAAUUUUUCCAAUAUACCUUCUUACGCCCAUUUAACGGUGCAGUUUUUAUUCACUGACCCACAACAGUCCCCCCCAAAAUACAACUUUAUCUCUGUUAACUUUCUUCAACUACACGACAACAUAACUUCUAUGAUUAAAUAUGGUUCCAACUGCCAAGCUCUUGAUAAUCAAAUGACGAUUGUUGGCUUUAAUGUGACUACUCUGACAUUUCCUGUUCGUGGUACCAUGGACGAUAUUUGCUGGAUUGUCACGAUUAGUAACAUUUCUAAGUCUUUAGCAUUUCAGGGAAACUUUAGUACAGUGGAUUCAUCAGAUGCAUAUCAAGUAUCUUUUGACUACAGUAUCAGUGCUGUGGUUUUUGCAGCAUUCGUUUUGUUCAUCAUAACCUAUACUCCAACUGUAACAUGGUAUACCCGAAGAAAAUAUAGCAAAAAUAUAAAUGUUCAGGCUAAUAGCAGUAUCAAGUCGGAGCUGUUGUCCAGUGAGGCUGAACAUGAUAUACAUAAACAAAAUAGCUAUAAAUUAUAGUUUCUAUGCUGAACAACUUAUAAUAUGCAACACUGAGUUUUGUUUUUAGCAAGUCAGUUUAAUUUUAACCUCCUUCUUAAUGUCAGUACUUCCUGUGGAUAUACACAUGCAUAUGAUGUGUGGUGGUUUGCUUUAUUUGCAUGCAAGAAGUAAAAUGCUGAAUUGCCAAUGCCAAGAGUACUCUUAUCUAUACUUUUAUAGAUCUAGAAUGAUUUUUUUCUGGAUGCUCUUACUCAAAGGGGUUUUAACACAAAAUACAAUAUUCCUGGGUAGAAACAAGAUAACAAAUUAUUGUUACGAUGAAAACGAAACUUUGAUGUUUGUUUGCUCUGUUGAGGAUGACAGUCACCAUGCUGCCACAGUGUGGAGUGGGACAGCAUUUAACUGCUCUAGUGUGUUUUCGAUCACAGACAACCAAAUAUACUUGGCUCAUUUACAAUACAGCUCAUUUGCGUACGGCUCUUGUAAUGAUGGUGCUUUCUCUGCUGAGGGUAUUGAAUUUAAUAAUUCAUUGUACACUUCAACUCUUACUGUAAUGCCGGGCUCUCUAGAAGUACCAAAUGGAAAGACGAUUGACUGCAGUCUCUCUGGAGCUACCAUAUUUGGCUUAGUAAUUUUUCGUGUAGGAGUUGUACCUGAGCCCCCUAUUGGUAAUGGCCUUACUUUUUCAGUAGAGACUUCCCAACUUUUAACAGUAAGUUGGACUGAACCAUUGGGAGUGACUGGUGGAGUUGGUGGAUUCUUAGUUGAUGCAUCCAGUGAUUGUGGACAGUGCAUUAAUGUGGGUAUAGUGAGUGCCAAUGUGACAGACAUGUCAUGCUCGGGAUGGGAUCCCAUUGGACAGACCUGCAACAUCAGUGUCUACACAGUUACUGCCUAUUGUCAGAUCCAGAGUGAGGUCCCCCUCUUGUUUGCAAUACACUUUAAGUUGCCUGAAAUACCAAAUAUCACUGCGAUUAUUGUAACGUAUGAACUCAGUGGUAAUUUAAAAAGAAUAACAACAACUCUUUCAAAGAAACAAAACACAACGGAUGAGAAUGGAUUGACUGUCAUCUAUGUCCUUGCGUACACCCACUCAUCCAUUGGAAGUAAUCCGGUAGAGGUGCUACUGGACUGCUCAGAGAGCAUUGACUGCAUGGAUGUAUUCGAGGUAGACCAAGCUCAAAAGUUUGGAGAAUAUUCUGUUGCAGUUGGUGCUAUGACUCCAAUUGGGAAAACAGUUCAACACAGUAACAACAGUUUGACAAUUGGAGUAGCUAAUACAUUUAUGUAUGCUACUGUGGAUGUGCUUGAGAGUUACACUAUUGUCAACUGCUUUUUCUUGGCAAAAUAUGACCACAUCUCCUGCCAAGUGGAAUAUAGCCACGAUUGUAACAGGCUCUCUAAUAGCAAGCGAAGAAGUGUGGUUAAUGCAUCUGACGUCUCUAUUCUCCUUGAAAGUAUCUCUCCUUCAACAGUGUACUGUUUUGUCUUGACAGCUGACAACCAAUCGCACACUGUGAAAGUGCAAGGGAAUUUUAGUGGAUACAGUCUACUGAGCAACGCGUGCAACUCCAGCAACAACUCUGGCAACAACUCCAGCAACAACUCCAGCAACAACUCCGGCAACAACUCCAGCAACAACUCUGGCAACAACUCCGGCAACAUCCUCAGCACAAGCUUAAUUGUCAUCAUGGGUGUCACCAUCCUAAUGGCUUUAGUCGCUCUGAUAACACUCGUUGCAAUUAUAAUAGUGUUGUACAAGAAAAAGAACAGCUCAAUAAAAAGUGAUGAACCUGUAGAACCUGUUUAUUACUCCGCUGUCAAGCCUGUGGCUGGGGAAGGUGCACCUGAUCCGACUUAUGAUGUAAUCUCAGCUGUUAAGAUGAGAGAUAUCCCCACGGAAGCCAAUGAAGCAUACCACCCCGUAUCAGUGCAACCUAACGAGGCCUACCAAACAACCAACAUCAUGAAUGUCAAUUAGUUUGUCAUACGACUCAGCCUUAAUUUUUUGAUUAUUCAUCAUGCACGCUAGAGUCAGUAUCGUUGUA